AUGUCGGCAAUAAUGAAUAGGACAUUGCUGAGGGCCCCGCGGCGCUUCCCGGAGGUAGCUCGUGUCACGCCCUCUGUGUACUCUACCGCUCCUCGCUAUACAUUCCUCUCAUAUGGCCGCUUGCGGAAUUCGACCUCAUCUUCUCACCUCUCAACAGAACACACAACUCCGAAUUCAUCAUCGCCCAGCGGUCUACCAGCUGAAGAGAAUGAUACAAUUAAAUCACACCAGACUUCUCAAUCCACGCAACACAUUCCUUGGUACCUCCAAGAGGGGAGUUCGGUUCCCGCAGCCGCCGAGGUAACCUCGCGAGAUCAGCUCCCCGAGCUCCCAGAGAAUCCACCGAAAAUACUGCCGGAACUCCUAGAAUAUGUCUUCAAAGACCUCGGUCUUGAUGGACUCAAGUUGAUCGAUUUACGGGGAUUGGAAACGCCUGCAGCCUUGGGAGCCAAUGUCAUCAUGAUCAUCGGGACCGCGCGCAGUGUUAAACACUUGAACGUCUCCUCGGACCGUCUCUGCCGCUGGCUGCGGAGCACUCAUAAAUUGUCGCCCUAUGCGGAUGGAUUGCUGGGGAGGAACGAGUUGAAAAUCAAGCUUCGACGCAAGACUCGGCGAGCUAGAAUUGCUAGCCGAACAGGUGCCAUGGUUGAUGAUAAGGAUGAUGGAAUUACCACGGGCUGGAUUUGUGUCAACGCAGGCGUUGUAGAAAAGGCCCCCGCCAACGAGGAGACAGAUGGUGAAUUCGAGGGUUUUGGGCCUCGCGUGGGAGGUACACGAGUGGUUGUCCAGUUGUUCACCGAGGAGAAGAGAGCAGAGUUGGAUCUGGAAAGCCUCUGGGAGGGGCGGAUAAUGCGCGCCCAACGGGAGAGAGAAAGAAAUUCCGAUAUCGCCAAGGACGCAUCCGAGGAGGUUCGUUCUAUAAACUCGACAAAUUCGUCACCAUCUGACUAUAAAUCGUCCCACAUUCCCAGGUCAACCGUGAGCCCUCCCUUUGAACAGAAACGGCAUUUCCAUAGCACGAUUCAGAUCAACAGCCCGUCGCCUGUGCAGUUUGCUCCAAGCAAGGAACGACAAGCCAGGUUUCAAGGCGACCGACGCAAUUCUGGGUCUCUGGCUAGGUUAUCAGAGUCUCUUUCGUCCUUGUCGGUUGAGGAAAUGAAGGCCAAGCUCGGAGAUGGUCCUGGAGAUCGCAGCUCUACCGCAUUUUUACGGGAUUUCUACAAAGAAGCGUCUAGUUCUUCAUUGGAAGCUGCAGCCGUGGCUGAACUCGAGCUUAUGUGCUCCGCAGCUUCUCAGGGAUAUACCGGAUACAGUAGAGAAAGCAUAUACCAAGCAUUCAUGGGUUGUUGCAUGUCUGCGGGUAACAUAUCAGAACAAGCUGGCACCCUGGUCCUUGAUGUUUUGCUUGCACCACGAACAGGUGACGAUCCUGGAGGAGAAUGGUUCACGGAUUCGGACAAAGAAAUGGCUCUUUCCGCUCUAGAUCAAUUUAUUUUGAGAGGAGAGGAUUUCAUGAAUUUGCAGGUGUUCACCCGGCUAUACUAUCUGGCUUCUCUCCCCCCUGGCCCUGGAGCACACCGCGAUACCAGUCCGGCAGAGAGAGGAGCCCAUGUACUGCGUAUGAUCGACACACUCAGCAUCCCCUUCGACCCUGUGGCGGCUCGAACGCUUAUGUUCUCCAUAUUACGGAACCGCGACUUUCAGGGCUUUUGGACAUGGUGGCGAAAACUACCUUUGAAGGGGAGCGCUCGCACAUAUGAAGACUAUGAAACGCUUUUCCGAAUUCACGCCGAGCUAAAUGAUAGGGGCUCUGCACGGGAAUGCCUGCUCAACGCUACGCCCAUGAUGAGUCGAGAGAACCCGCCCGUUCCAUUAGAAGGUGAGCUGCUUAAACACGUCCACGAUUGUUUGUUCAUUGCAUAUCCUAAGAUUGAAUUGCGAGCCGCGGAGGGUGGCAAAGCUCCUUUUCAUAAGCUGUUGAGGGAAUGCCAGGACAAGCUAAGGGGGUAG